UAGCUCAAAAGUAGAGCAACCGAGGCUAAAAGCUUCAUAUACCGCAAAAGCAACAACCAAGGCUAAAAGCUUCACAUCAAUCGUCUAGCUAUUCUCCUAGAGCUCACCAGCAGCAAUGGAAUAUCUCGGUAGAGCUGCUGUUCCCUCACAGAAACUGAUGGUGGUUCUGUCAGUCAUUCUUCUCCUUCUCAUAGGAGCUACCAAUGCAACUGAGAGUAUACAUAUCCGUGGCAAGAGGAUCCCAGGACAUCGACCAGAUACUACCCCUCAACCUGCUAAAGCCAGGGAUUCUUGUUACUCCAAUUCUUCGAAUGGCAGUCUGCCUACUGCACACAUAAAGGGCAGUGGAAUUCUGUGGGCCAAGGAGGGCGACAAGUACGUUCCACUGUGGACCUGCAACAGUUCGACUCUCGGGAACGCCCAUGUGGCCGGCGGGAUGUGGUUCGACCAGGCCGACAACUCCCUCCACGUCCCCGUGUGCGGCUGGUAUUACGUCACAAGUCAGGUCUCGUUCCAGAGCAACAGCGAGAAAGCACAGCAGUACACACACACCCUCAGGGUGGACAGGAACUGCAACAAUUCCUCCACCUAUUCCUCCACCUAUUCCCACACUACUUUCACCCUAAUCGGAAGCCUCGAACCGGACACCUCUGGCAGGGCCUCUACAGUCGUAUCGGACAUGGUCAAGAUCUGUAGGGGAGGAAGGAUCUACGUGAGCAUCCCGGCGACCAACAACGCAUGCUGUCCUUACGGUGACGAAUCUGCCACAAGUAUCACUGCCUAUCUUGUCCGUGAAAGUGACUGCUCUUGGCCGGUGACUUCUUGGUCUUUCCCAGCAGAGUAAUGGCAGACGACCUCACUCUGAAACACAGCGAGAAAAGACUCUCAGACUAACUCUUAGCUAGCUUUUGGCAAAUGUUUGGCAAUUUGUAAUACUGUACUCUAGUAUAAUGAAAUUUUGUUUGUUAAUAGAAAUGAUCCUCUUUCUAUAAUAGCACAAUAUUCCAU